AUGGUGUUGCAGAAUGAAGCACUGGAGCAAAGCUUAAAGGCUGCCACGGAUGAAUUACAGGACGUGAGAGCAGAGCGUAAUGUCUAUCAGGAGAAAGCUCACAGACUAAACCUGGAAAUUAACCACAUCUUGGGAAGCCACGAGAAUCGCAUUCUGGAUAUUGAUGCUCUGUGUAUGGAGAACAGAUGGCCCGUGUUUGUGUUGCAGUUUGCUGUGAACCUGUUCAGGGCUCUGCCGCCUUCAUCGAACCCGACGGGAGCAGAGUUCGACCCGGAGGAGGAUGAACCCACUCUGGAAGCAGCCUGGCCUCAUCUGCAGCUGGUGUACGAGUUUUUCCUGCGGUUUCUCGAGUCGCCCGACUUUCAGCCGAAUAUUGCCAAGAAAUACAUUGACCAGAAAUUUGUGAUGCAGCUUCUGGAGUUGUUUGACAGUGAAGAUCCACGAGAGAGAGAUUUCCUGAAAACCACCCUGCACCGAAUAUAUGGAAAGUUUCUCGGGCUGCGCGCUUACAUUAGAAAGCAAAUUAAUAACAUAUUUUACAGGUUUAUUUACGAGACGGAGCAUCACAACGGAAUCGCGGAGUUCCUGGAGAUCCUGGGCAGCAUCAUCAACGGCUUUGCUUUGCCAUUAAAAGAGGAGCACAAGAUCUUCCUGCUGAAGGUUUUGCUGCCGCUGCAUAAAGUGAAGUCUCUGAGCGUCUAUCACCCGCAGCUGGCGUAUUGUGUGGUUCAGUUCUUGGAGAAGGACAGCACGCUCACUGAACCGGUGGUCGUGGCUCUUCUCAAGUACUGGCCCAAGACUCACAGUCCGAAGGAGGUGAUGUUCCUCAACGAGCUGGAGGAGAUCCUGGACGUGAUCGAGCCGUCCGAGUUCGUGAAGGUCAUGGAGCCGCUCUUCCGUCAGCUGGCCAAGUGUGUGUCCAGUCCGCACUUCCAGGUGGCGGAGAGAGCGCUUUAUUACUGGAAUAACGAGUACAUCAUGAGUCUCAUCAGUGACAACGCAGCCAAGAUCUUACCCAUCAUGUUCCCCGCGCUUUACCGCAACUCCAAGAGCCACUGGAACAAGACCAUUCACGGCUUGAUCUAUAACGCACUGAAGCUCUUCAUGGAGAUGAACCAGAAGCUGUUUGACGACUGCACACAACAGUUCAGAGCCGAGAAGAACAAAGAGAAGGCCAAGCUGAAGGAGAGAGAGGAGGCCUGGAUGAAGAUCGAGAAUCUGGCCAAGUCAAACCCGCAGUACGUUUUGUGUGUUGAUCCGUCUGGACUAAACAGUCCUGUAGAAAUGGAGACUGAUGGUCCCUUUAUAGAAGAUGUUCAGAUGUUAAAAAAGACAGUGCAGGCCAGAGCCCUUCAGAUGUCGAGGGAGCAGAGGAAGGAGCGGCCGCUCGUCAGGCGUAAAUCGGAUCUUCCUCAGGACUCCUUCACCACCAAAGCCUUGGAGACGCACCGGCGGUCCGAAGACAUGCUGACCAACCACGACUAGCUCAGGUGUUCGUUUGGAGGCUCCACAUCUCCGGGGUUUUCUUGACUCUCUCUCUUCCUGUGUUCCGGACGCUCGCCGCUGCGUGAUUGAGAACACGGCUGGAGCGGAGCGGAAAGCUUUCUUUGUGUUUCACAUUUGUGUUUAUUUUCAGGGACGGUUGCCAGUGCCAAUACUGUCAUGCUGAUUAGCUUCCAUAGUUUUAUUUCUCUGUUUAUUGCUUCAGCUAAUGUGGUGUUUCAGACUAAAGCACGUCUGUCACGUGUUCUCUCUGUGUGUCGCUCAGAUCGGAUGGCUUGGUUAGUUCACUUCUGUGCCAUAGACAGUUUGGUUGAACGUGGUGUCUCCGCUCGUUGUGCUGUUUCACUGGUUCAAACAAUGGUACGGUUUCUCCAUCGGAUCGACGGCUGAAUGUCGCCAACAUUCCCGGAUUAGUUCAUCCGACAUGGAGCUCUGGGAUCCGAUAGGAAGCUCUUCUGAUCUCAGACUCUCCAGAAGGACCUCAGUGCCUUCCAGCGGCGGAGACGAGGGCCUUCGGUCCAUUCGGAUGAAUCCAGAUCCAAACGCAGCGGUGUGACGCCGACGCUUCGAUUGUUAAUUUCCAUCCGGAUGCUUUCCUGUUAUUUUAUUGAACUACCUAGAAGCACUUCCUGAAAACUUGAAAACUCUACUGCGAGAGUGUGUGAGUGUGAGUGUGAGUGUGAGUGUGUGAGUGAGAGUGUGAGAGUGUGUGAGUGAGA